AUGUCAUCAUCUAGUACCACAAGAGACGUUGAGAAAGGCAAUGCAGGCUCAGACUAUGCGCAUCUAAGCAAUGAUGAAGUGAAGAGCUUCAGUUGGGAAGAUGUAACGGUCACAGUCAAAGACAGGGUAUCGAAAGAGCCAAUUGAUCUUCUUUCCAAUGUUAGCGGCAUGAUUGAGGCAGGCGAGAUGAUGGCUCUGAUGGGUCCAAGUGGCUCUGGAAAAACUACCCUCCUCAACAUCCUUGCUCAUCGCGCCGCGAUACCUAAAGCCACCAUUCAACAAACCCUCCGCAUCAACGGCGCACCGACAGCACUAUCGUCAUUUCGCAAAAUGAGUUCCUACGUCGAGCAGGAAGACGCUCUGAUCGGCUCCCUCACCGUCCGCGAAACACUCUACUUCGCCGCUCAACUCGCACUCCCAAGUUCCGUACCAGCAGCUUCCCGCAAGGCCCUUAUAACUUCUCUCCUGUCCUCCUUCGGCCUCACUGCGCAAGCCGAUACUCUGAUCGGGACUCCUAUCCGCAAGGGUGUGUCUGGCGGUCAGAAAAGACGUGUCAGCGUCGCCAGUCAACUGAUCACUUCCCCAAAGAUACUAUUCCUGGACGAACCGACAAGUGGACUCGACUCUGCGGCUAGCUACGAAGUCAUCAAGUUUGUUCAGGGCAUCGCGAAGAAGUAUAAGAUCUUGGUGAUUGCGUCCAUUCAUCAGCCGAGUACUGCGACCUUUGGGUUGUUUGACAAGCUAAUGUUGUUGAGCCGAGGGAAGUGCGUUUACAAUGGCGAGGUUGAGGGAGUCAAGGAGUGGUUCGAGGGGCUGGGAUAUGAGAUGCCGUUAUACACCAAUCCAGCCGAGUUUGUUAUCGACUUGAUCAAUACUGAUUUCUCCCAAGACGACACCGCCGCAUCGCAACGCCUUUCCCAUCUUCACACUUCCUGGGCUACAUCCCCUGCAGCAGCAACACUGUCCGCAAACCUCCGCGUCGCCGCCAAAAUGCCAUCCAGUUCCCUCCAAUCCUCUUCGCCCACUUCUUCCAGCACACGCGUGUCUGCUCUCUCAACCCUCUUACCCCUGGUCCACCGCUCUUUCAUCAAAUCUCACCGCGAUAUCGUCGCGUACGGCAUCCGAAUAGCCAUGUACCUCGGCCUGGCCAUCAUGAUGGGCACAGUCUGGCUGCGACUCUCUCCCACCCAAUCCAACAUCCAAGCCUUCACCAACGCCAUUUUCUUCGGUGGCGCCUUCAUGUCCUUCAUGGCCGUCGCUUACAUCCCCGCGUACCUCGAAGACCUCGCUAUUUACUCCAAAGAACGCGCAAAUGGGCUUUACGGACCUACAGCGUUCAUGCUGGCUAAUUUUAUCGUGGGAAUUCCGUACCUCUUCCUCAUCACCGUGCUGUUCAGCGUGGUGAGUUAUUGGCUAGGGGGGUUCCGACCGAGUGCAGAAGGAUUUUGGAUGUGGGUGCUUUGGCUGUUUCUGGACCUGCUGGCUGCAGAGUCUUUGGUUGUGUUGCUUUCGAGCCUCAUCCCUAUCUUCGUUGUGGCGCUUGCGGCGACGGCGUUUGCGAAUGGGCUUUGGAUGUGCGUGAAUGGAUUUAUGGUGCAGCCCGAUACGCUGAAUGUCUUUUGGAGGUACGUUUUCCAUUACAUUGAUUACCAGGCGUAUGUAUUCCGUGGUAUGAUGGUCAAUGAGUUUGGAAAGAGGAGUUAUGCUUGUGAGAAGCUAGAGGGAGGUGGGUGUCAGUGCAUGUACCCGACGCCCAACAUGUCUGCAAUUCCCAUCGUCUUGUGCGGUAGAAAUCCCCCACUCGCUCAAGCGGUUCGGCAAAAUCUUAUGCCUGAGUACGAUGUAAUUCACAUAAUCUCUUCCCCAACGGUUGGCACAAGUGAUCUUCCGCUUCUUCUAGCCUCUCCGUUGACUGUACCACCAAACUCUCAAUCCAAUCUCGGGUCUCAGAACUAUUCCAAACGACCUGCUGCAGUUGUUGUAGGUGGAGGAUUCGACGACCAGAUGUUCAAACAGAUGAAGGAUGCUUGUAAAGAGACAAUGGAUAUACCUUGGGGUAAAGCAGAUCUUUCAAUGAGUGGGGAGAUGCCUAACUACAACAAUGUCGACGCCUUUGGCAAAGCUGUCGCACGGAGGGUUAAGACGCGCCUGUUGGAGGUGAAUAUUGGUGGGAGGAAUGGCGUCCAGAAUGGUGAAUUCAGAUAUUGA